AGUUUGGAUUGGCGGAAGAACACGUUAAACAUCACUAUAGUAAUCAUGUAGCGAUAAUAUGCAAACUACGUGUAAACACGUCCCUGAAAAAAAAGAGUAUUCAGCAUGGUUGAAACAUGUUGUGUGUAAUGUUACGCUGUGGUUAUUUGUAAAUGAUGGGCUCAUCCGGAAGCCACCCAAUACGUUUACCUUGACUACCACCGUUGCUACUGCUUUCGAAGCACACGUUCUCAGCGAAGUAGUAACUAUGCAUACAUUUGCAUCCAGCUACAAAAAUGGUUAAGGUCUGCCGGCAAACAACUUGUUUGCAUGAAAAAUUUGAUUGAUUAAAAUGUCUCAAGUGACAAAUACAGGGGAUUAUGCUGAGCAAUCUGGCAAUCUUAUUAGGGACAACCUAUUUACUGCUACAGGCUCACACAGCAGGUCACAGCUACCUGAGAUGGAAAUGGACCCACAGUGGAGCGGGUACAAAAUAGGGUCGUACCUGGUCGCUCCGUCAGUCACUGGUCCUCUCCAACCUGUACUGUGUUCCGUACCUGGAGACCUCACUCAGGAAUGGGACCACCUGAAAACACAGGUGUUUCCCCAGCUGGACUCCCUCUGCCAGGCUAGAGGUACUUGCUUCAAACCUGUGGACAUCCAGUGGGAUGCAUUGGAGACUUAUCAACCCUCUGACCAAGGCCUCUCCUCCCAGCAGCUGAAGACCAGCCUGGAUCUUAUCAGCGGCUCCUCCUCUUUCCUCUGCCUCCUAAGCCACAGAUAUGGCCCCUUCAGGACGGAGAACGAUCCCACACUGCUACCAGGGGCUGGUCUGGGACACAAAGCCCUCCCUGGGGUGGAGAGGAACCUGGAAGCUGCAGCGAAAGGUGGCUACCCCUGGGUCCUCAGAGGCAGGAACAAGACAUGCUCCCUGACGGAGCUGCAGAUCACUCAGGCGGCUCUGAUGGGAGACGACAGACGCUGCUUCUUCUACUUCAAGGACUACUCUCUCUUGGAGAAAGAGGAGAAUGGAGACUGGUAUGUGGGUGGAGAAGGAGGACAGGGGCUGUUGCUGUCUGUGUUCUCCAAACAGACUGAGGAGGAGAGACACAGAGCCAGGCAGCUAAAGAACAGGGUUGUAGACAGCCUGCAGCCUGUAAGGUUUUUCAGGACGCUGCAAGAACUGGAGGCCCUGGUGAAGAGGGACUGGAGUUGUCUUAUUGGACAGCUGUAUGGGCCUGUGGAUCACCCAUCCUCCUGCCAUCUGGAUUCCCUGGAUAGACGUUACCAUGAAGGGGCUGUCCAAGCCCUGUGUCGCCGCUUUGUCUUUUCCACCCAGGCCAAUGCUGUCCUAGAGGCACUCAACGCAUUCACUUCCUCUCUCACCCAUUCUGACAUGUCUCUGAGUUUAGCAACUCCAUGGAAUUCAACCGUCAAGUUAACACGCGGUGAUUCCGAGAGGUCUGUUUUCCUGCUCUCUGGUGAGAGGGGAUGUGGGAAGUCCACGCUGGCCGCCUGGUGGCUUCAGGAGUUCCGGAAGAAAAACCCUGGGAUCCCGGUCAUCCCUCACUUCUGUGGAGUCAGCAACUCCAGUGUGAAUAUCGUAUCUGUUCUGAGACAGAUGACCGCCGAGCUACGCCAGGCCUAUUAUGGCCCCCAGGCUUACUGGAGUGAAGGGUUACAUCAUGGGGUAAAGCUCUGGUCAUUCCAUGCGGUGGUUCUGGCCUUUUCUGCUGCAAUUGCCCUAGGACCUUGUGUUCUGGUUCUGGAUGGUCUGGACAGUCUAACUGGGACACUGGGACUUUCAAUGCAGGAGGUGAAGGACCUCUGCUGGCUCCCUGCCUCUUUACCUCCCCAGUGUAAGAUGAUUAUCACCACGACUUCCACAGACCUUACCCACCGGAGCCUGACGCUCCGCCCGGACGUUCUCCCCCUCCCCUGGCCAGUUCUGUCCCACCCCUGGGUCCGCCGCAGCAUUCUGCUCAAGCACCUCCGCCUGCCCUGCCAGGAGCCACCCAAGGCCCUGUUGCAAAGCAUUCUGGGUGGGCCUACCAGGCCGGGGCCGGGUCGUCAGCCUCUGUUCCUGGCGGUGAUUGCCAGUGAGCUACAGACGUGCAGCGUCCUGAGGGGCGAGCUGGAAGUGGAGGAGUUAAUGGAGGAGUAUGUGGAGGUGGAUUCCAUGGCAGAGCUUUGGGCCAGGGUGAUUCAACGUUGGAUCAAAGACUGUGGAAGUGUCACCGAUAUCACAGGCAGCCAUGCCAAUGAAACGGGAGGAGUUACCUCACAAGUGUCACAGAUAGGUCUCAGUGGCUGGUUGUGGGAUGCGCUUUGCCUGGUUCAUCUCUCCCAUGCUGGGCUGAGUGAGGAGCAGGUCCUGGCCUUGCUGGAAGUUCUGGGUCAUCAUGGGUCCAUGCAGGUGCUGCCUCUGGAAUGGGCCUGUUUCCGCUCUGCUGCUGGACCCUGGGUACAGGAGAGACCCAAUGGAACGCUGAGCCUCACCCACCAGUCACUGGCCCUGGCCAUGGACCUCCUCUUGCAGAGGGCCCGGUCUGGGAACCACUCUGGAGGUAUAAGAAGGACCAGACGGGGCUUCCAUCUCAGCCUUGCUCAGUUCUUCCAGAAGCAGGCCAAGGUGCUCUGCGGUUGGUCUCAAGUCUUGGAGGAGCUCCCUUGGCACCUGGAGCAGUGUGAGGCCUGGGAGGAGCUACAUUCAUUUUUCACCGAUCCACAGACUAUACAGCACCUGUCUCAACAUUGGAGCCAGUGUCCUCAGCUGAGGAUGGAUGUUUUCAGGUACUGGACCGUUCUGAUCCAUAAAGGACAUGACCCAUAUACCUCUUACCAGGGCCUGCUGGAUAAAGGAUGUCGCCCUUUAGCUACUAAACAAUCAGAGAAAUCAUCUUUCUUCUCUGAUACAUGUACAGAUGCUGACUCUUCGGAGCUGAGGGGGGUAGACAGCAAUGGGAUCUUCGUGACUGAAUCUCCACGUGAAGGGCAAGAGGAUGGCUGUCUGUGGGGGUCAGGGAGCGGGAGAGUGGGGUUGAUGGUCUCUGAGCUGCUGCUGUAUCUGAACAGGGAGGUGGAAGCAGUGCAGAUCCUACUGCAGACUGAGGCCACCCUCACACAGCACGGUGACAGCCGGAGUUUGAGGUUACAGCUGACAGUGCAGCGGACUCUGGCUGAGCUCUAUGUGGAGAUGGGCCAUCCCCGUGAGGCAGAGGCCCAAUGUAGACUGUCGCCACAGAACACCCAGACUCUCACCUCCACCUGCCUCGAGGUGCACGAGGGAAUCACACUUAUAAAGGGUCAGCUGAUGUGUAUACUCUGCCAGCUGCUGUUCAAUGACGACCGUGCACUAGAAGCUUCUAAGAUCCUCAGUGAUGUCAUCAGUAUGGGACACCACAAACGUCACCCAUCUGCUGGAGUCACUGUAUCACUUCUAUGUGGGGUACACAAACACAGUCUGCAUGACUCAAAUGCUGCUGAGAAGCAUCUCCAGGUUGCCUUGUUGAGCGGGAGGCGCUGGUAUGGAGGAGAUCACUCUCUAGUGGUGGAGGUGGAGGAGCGUAUGGCUGACAUCUGGGCCGAGACAUUCACUGACACUGCAGGGUUGAGGCAAGUGGUGGAGCUGUAUCAACACGCCGUUCACGUGAAAGAUCAGGGCGUCAAGCUUUGUUCCCCAACGUCACCAUUUCUUCAUGCAAAGGGAUGCAGUCUUGCCUUCACCUUGAUCAAACUUGGCAAGCAACUAUUUCAGCAGGAUUCUGCUAAGGCCCAAAGUACAGAGGCUCUGGGGUUGCUCCAAAGAGCACUGGAUCUGAACAUACGCUUCUUAGGGUCUGAUCACAAAAUCACCAAGGACUUAGAACAGUUUUUAAGCACACAAUCCAGGGGACCUCUGACCCCGUUGAGAGGUUACUCCCACCUUUCCAAAAAGAGGCUAAGCAAUGUGAGCAGACCUUACACAGCCACACCGCUCCCCUGUAGUCUGUCUUGGGGGAGGGUCAUCUCGCUCGUCCCUCAGAACCCCUCUGGAAACAGAUCCCUAUCAGCCCCUUCUAAAAAGACAUGCAAUACACAGCCAAAACUGGAACCAGAACCAGCGGUGAACCGGAACAGACCGAAACCGAUGUCUUCUUCUCUCAGACCCUGGUCUAACUUACAGACUACAGUAUUCGGGCCACAGAGUGACAUCAGCAACCUGAUCUCAGAACUCAAACCCAGACCUGCUUCUGCACCUGGCCCGUGUUCUAUAAAGUCAAACCAUGGCCCGCGGCAGGCAGGCUGGUGCCACUUACCAGCCAGGUACCUUCUGGAAGAAUGGACGGUCACUGUGCUGAAUAAAGAGAUCGGUUCUCCGCAGCACACACGCAGAUUCCCCAGGCUGCUCAGACAGACAGGACAAGGCCAGGGAGGUGAACAAAGCAAAAGCGGAGCAAAUCACUCCACCAGGAGGCGCUAAACAGUAGCAAUCGUACCCUCUGUCGGACCACUGUUUUGAAUCUGGUGUUGAAACUACUGUUGUCAUCCCUUGAUACCAAUCAGUUUUUUUGUGAUUUAUUCAAAUGUAUAUUUUGCAAUACAUUAUUUUUAUGAAUGUCC